AUGAAGCAACUUACGAUUUCUUUUGAAGAGAAUGCAGUAGAAUCCAAUAGCCAGGCAGAGAAAAUAUUACAGGCUAUAAAAAAUGCUUGCGAAACGAGAGGCAGAAUAGGGGUACUUGGCGAUAAUAAAUCGGUUUCCACUAAUUCGCAGCAAUUGGGAGGCGUGGAUGCGCUUUUAGUGUCUGAAAGCGUUGGCGCCCAUGAAGUGACUGGGCAGAUUUUAGGUACAAAUGUGCACGUGGAUGAGACCGCAGCUAAGCUGUUUGAUAUGCGAAAAAAAGAAGAUUAUGGGAAGGAUAAAGUAAUCAUUGAAGAUUGA